AUGGCAUCUGUUCAGGAAUUAUUGAAACGUGUCACAGACAAAUUAGGUUUAUCAAGCGAGGAUUACUUUCUCUAUUGUCAAUCAACAUCAGGUGACGGAUUUAUACCAGAUCGAAAUGAUAUACUCGAUACGUUGAUGUAUGGAUCGGUGGAGAUACGCCGGAAAACGACUUAUCAGAUAAGUUUGAACAAUCAAUUGCAUUUGUGCGGAAUCGAUAUUAAUCAGCAUUAUCCAAUGACGAUUAUGGUGAAAAAUAUAAAAAAAGGAAGCGAGGGAGAACGAUUGGGAGUUGUCAAAGGUGAUGAGAUCAUUAUGAUCAACAAUUUGUAUGUGAAACAUUUUGAUACUGCUCGAUUGAAUCGGCAUUUGCAACAAAUACCAAUUCAAUUAACUCUUCGUUCAUCGCGAUUGGAUCCGAUAGUUCAGCUAAAACAGCGAACAUCGACAACGAAAAAUGAUCAGUCUUCUUCCAAGUUUAUCAAGCCUGAUUACGAACGAUCGUCUUUCGUGUCGAAUAAUCAACAGAUCCAAAAGGUCAUUCACGAACUGAUUGAAACUGAACAAACCUACGUUCAAGAUCUUCAAUCGUUCACAAAUCAAUACAUCGAGCCAUUGCGUAAUCAUCUAACCAUUCUUUCAAUAGAUAUCGUUGAUUCGUUGUACCAAAGUGUUCAGAUAAUUUACCAAUUUCAAAGUCGAUUUCUAGGCAAUCUGCAAUCCAGUUCGUUCACAAAUAAUAUUCUCAUUUCCAUAUGUGAAACUUUCGUGCGAUUCGCCAAGGAUUUCAAACUUUAUUCGAGCUAUUGUGCAGUACAUUUACGUAUCAAUCGUUUGUUGAAUUGCCAUCAGAGUAAUGAAUGUUUGAAGGAAUUUUUUCGAAAGUGUAAUCCGUCUCAACAGCAUGCGCUGUCAUUUCAAUCGUAUUUGAUUAAGCCUGUACAACGUAUACUGAAAUAUCCGUUAUUUCUACAGCAAAUGUUCGCGUGUUGUAAUGCCGAUACGAAAAAUCAUUGUUUAUCGAAGGAAAUGUCGAAAUUGAAACGAACGAUUAAACUAAUGAAUCAAGUUAAUAAAUAUAUCAAUUCAAUGCAGCAACUCUAUGAAGAUUUUGGACAAUCAUUCGAAAGUUUCACUCGCAAUUCUCAAGAACAAUUUCAUAAACCCGUUCAAUUAAAUCUCCCGGAUCUGCAUGCAUAUGGAGAAAUGAAUUGGAUCAAUAUGUAUCGAUUUCUCUCUAAGAAAAACACUCAAAGUCUAAGAACCUACUGUUUUAUCUUUCGAACUGGUUGUUUCCUGUUAGUACGCGAACAAACUCAGAAGAAAAAUCAAGAUGGUGUUCACAAUCCUCAUACGAAUAGGAAUUCGAUUGAUCAUUUUGUUUCUUUUCUUCCAAUGAGAGAUUUAGAAGCAGAAAUGAUCCAAAUCGACAAGAAAUCUUCGAACCAAACAUGGCAAUUGAUUCAAAUCGAUUCAGCGACACAAUUGAAACGAUAUUAUCACUUCGCGAAUAAAGAUGCGCAAACGUUUGUAAAGACAAUUAAGAAUUGUAUAUCGAAAAUCAAGUGCCAACCGACGGAAUUUAUUUGCUUGGCACAGCCAGCAAAAGUGAUGAAGGUUUGUUCUGAGCAGAAACGAAUUUCGUCAAGUCGGUCUUGUCAUGACUUUUCGCCGAGAUUUUCGUCGGUGAAUCAAAAUGGAGAUAGAGUUCGAGUGAAAACAAAUCGACAAAGCCCAUCGCCAGUCUGGAAACGACGCGGCACAAUAUGUUUAAGACGACGACCGGCAUCAAUGACGAACAAUAAGAAUAAUCAGUGA